AUAAUAUACGUUGGUUUUUUAAACUAUAUAGGGACAAGGCUUUAUAUUUAUGGAGUUUGUAGGGCCAAUGUUUGAAGUGUUAAAGUACAUUGGGGGUCAAAUCAAGAGUUACACAGAUCAUCACCGGAAACUUGAAGGAAAUAUGAAUAAUCUUAAAAGAAAACUGGAUGAGCUAAAUGUUCGAAAGCAAGACCUUGAAUUAAGAAAGGAAACGGAGAUUCGUUACGGAAAAAGGAUGAAGAAAGAAGUGGAGAACUGGUUUGAAGAUGUACAAAAGAAAAACACUGAAGUGGGAAAAAUUCAAGAAAAGUUUGGGGAUGCGUCAUACUUCUCACGUGCUCUCCUAGGAAAACUUGUUUGCCGACAGAUUGCAGAAGUCGAGAGAAUUUACCAACAAGGCAAUUUCCCUAAAGGUGUAGCAGUUGAUGGCCCUUCAGCCUCCGGAUCCGGAUUGGCAUUACCUAUUCCAAAUCUAGAAGGUGAAAUUGAUGUAAAAGAACGAAUUUGGGAGUAUCUGAUGGGGGAUGAGGUUGGAAUGAUAGGAGUGUGUGGAAUGGGUGGAAUAGGAAAAACUACCAUCAUGAAACAUGUCAAUAAUCAACUGUUGAAGGAAAGUGAUCAGUUUGAAAAAGUGAUAUGGGUCACCGUUUCGAAAGAAGUCGAUAUUUUCCAAUUACAAAAACAAAUUGCAGAUUCUUUCAAUGAAUAUCUUCCAGAAGGUGAAUUGAAACGAGCUGCAGCAUUGAAGGAUAUUUUGGAGGGAAAGAGAUAUGUUUUGAUCUUAGAUGAUGUUUGGAAACGGUUUUCUCUACUGGAUGUAGGAAUCCCUGAACCAACAUUAGGUCAGGGGAGGAAAGUAGUAAUCACUAGUAGAUCGAUUGAGGUUUGUAAAUCUAUGGGCUGUGAGGUGGUCAAAGUGCAACCUCUUUCAAAAGAAGAGUCUAUGAAUUUAUUCUUAGAUCGUGUGGGGCACAGUGUUCUCCAAAUUCAGAAUCUUGAAGACAUUGUCAGCAAAAUUGUUGAGCAAUGUGGUGGUUUACCGCUUGCCAUUGUAACAAUAGCGUGUAGCAUGAAGGGGGUAGAUGAUCCUUGUGAGUGGAGGAAUGCACUAAAUGAAUUAUGUGAGCGAGUGAAAAGUGUGAAAGGAUUGGACACCGAAAUAUUUGACCAUUUGAAGUUUAGUUAUGACCGUUUGGGAGAUUCACAAAUCCAAAAUUGUUUCUUAUAUUGCUCCUUCUACCCUGAAGAUUAUAGAAUUGAAAUGGGAUUAAUUGAAAGUUGGAUAGAUGAGGGACUCCUUGAUGGCUUAGGGACCAGACAAGCGAUGCAUGACAGAGGCAAUAGCAUUUUAAAUAAGCUUGAAAAUAAUUGCUUGUUAGAGACUGAAGAUUUUGGGGAUUGCGUUAAGAUGCAUGAUGUUUUGAGAGACAUGGCAUUUUAUAUUGUACGUAGUCAGUACAUGGUAAAAGCUGGUGAGCAAUUGAAGGAAAUACCAAGUGAGCAUGAAUGGACAGUAGAUCUUGAGAAGGUUUCUUUGAUGAAUUCACAAUAUUCAAAAUUUCUUCCUCACAUGUCACCUUGAUGCCCUCAUUUAUCAACGUUGUUACUGCAAGGAAUUUUUGGUUUAAAAGAUAUUCCAGAAUCUUUCUUUAAGCAUAUGCCUGGGCUCAAAGUACUAAAUCUUUCUGGUACUUUGAUUACGGAUCUACCCAGUUCAAUCUCAAACUUGAAAAAUCUCAAUGCAUUGAUACUAGCUCAUUGUGUGAAGUUACGAUAUGUACCUUCGUUAGCAGAACUCACAGCAUUGAGAAAGCUGGACCUUUAUGAGACUGAAAUACAAAUGGUUCCUCAAGGUUUAGAAUUGUUGGAAAACCUAACAUAUCUUCGUGUCUGGUCAAGGUUUCUAAAGGAGCUACCGGUUGGAAUAUUGCCGAUGCUUUCUCAUCUCCAGUGCUUAAUGUUAAAUAAGCAUUUAAGAGGAGAAGAAGUAGGCAAAUUGAGGAAGCUUGAGAUGCUUGAAUGUUCAUUUUGUGACAUCCAAGAUUUUGAGGAAUAUGCAAAGUCCAUUCCAGGUAAAUGGCCUACACAUUUCUAUUUUCAAGUAGGAGCAUCUGAGUUGUCAUCUUGUCGGUAUUGGAUCCCAACUUUAAAGCAAUUUCAGAAUGGGGUAGCUUUUGUGAAUUGUGAGAUGGAGAGAAUAGAUCACAUAGAGCUCCCACAUGGUCUUAGUGAUUUACGAAUUAGUAAGAGUGAUGAUUUCAAAUGUUUAAGCAAUAUUCCUUUGUUUCAGAAAGUAACUGAGUUGAAGAGUUGUUAUAUUGGGGAGUGUGAAGUAAUAGAUUGUGUGGUUGACUUAUCAUUAUUGUCUUUAAACGCACUUCAAAACAUUGAGGAGCUUAGGCUUGGGAAUUUGGGCAACUUGAGUGAACUUGUGAGAGUAGGAUCAGUAGCGGUUGAAUCGAAAUCUCAUGCUCCAACGCCACGUGCCAUAUUCUCUUCUCUUAAAUUUUUGUAUCUGCAUAAUUGUUCAAAGAUUAAGAAGUUGUUUCCAGUUGAGCUGCUGGAAGGCCUCCAAAACUUAGAGUACAUUGAAGUGCGUUCAUGUAGGAAAAUGGAGGAAAUAAUAGCAUCAGAAGAAGAAGAAAAUCACAAAGGAGAAGGAACGACAUUUAUUCUUCCCAAAUUAAAGGAAUUGGUCUUGAGCCACUUACCAGCACUGAAAAGCAUUUGUGGUGGUGGGGCCAUGAUUCAUUCUCUCCAACAUCUUCAAAUAAUAGACUGUCCGGAACUAAAGAGGAUACCUUUGGCUCUUCCCCUGCUUGAAAAUGGGCAACCAUCUCCUCCUUCUCUACAACUAAUCAAUGUGAGGCCGAGUGAAUGGUGGGAAUCAUUGAAAUGGGAUCACCCUCAAGCUAAGCAUGUCCUUUCACCCUUUGUUUCUUAA